AUGUCACAGCAAACCCAGCUGCCCCGCGUGAUAGAGUACUUCAACAAAUGGACAGAGAAGUGGCCCACUGUCGAGGCGCUGUCAAAGGCGAGCUUGGAUGAGGUCAACGCCAUGUGGGCUGGGCUGGGGUACUACAGGAGGGCGCGCUACUUGCUCGAAGGGGCCAAGUAUGUCAUGGAACACCAUGACGGCGCCUUCCCAAAGACCUCCAAAGACCUCCAGAAAAUCCCAGGGGUGGGAGCAUACACAGGCAACGCCAUCGCCUCCAUUGCAUGCUGCGAGGGAGUUGCAGUGGUGGACGCGAAUGUUGUGCGGGUGAUUGCGCGCCUGAGGCGCAUGGCCGGCGACCCACGUGCGGCUGCCAAGGAGCAUGCAGCCUUGGCAGAUGCUCUGCUCGAUCCUCAGCGGCCUGGCUGCUUCAACCAGGCAGUAAUGGAGCUGGGCGCCACAGUGUGCACGGUGCAUCAGGCGCCCAACUGCGCCGGCUGCCCCAUCAACGGGCAGUGCCAGGCCUAUGCAGCUGUGGAGGAGCACAGGGUGUCAGGGGGCGAUCCCUCCACAGCACCCAGUGUCACUGCCUACCCGGAGAAGGUGGAGAAGGCGAAGAGAAGCGAACAAUCGGUGGCUGUCUGCGUGCUCGAGGUGCAUGCAACAUCCGAUGCAAAGGAGCCCUCCCGCCAGUAUCUGCUAGUACAAAGGCCCAAGGAGGGCCUUUUGGCAGGUUUGUGGGAGUUCCCUUCAAUAGCAGUGCCUGCAGACGCCAGCGAGAAGGAGCGUCGCGCGGAGGUGGACUCUCUGCUGGACCGCUUGUUGGGGGCCGGGUUUGCAGAUCUGCAAGCUGCGGAACUCCCUGGGUUGAGCAGUGCAGGGGUGGCUGAGCAACCUCAAAUGAAGUGGGUCUUGGAUGGGCAGCUGGAAGGCGAGGGCUUGAGCAGCAGCGUCUGCAAAGUGGUCAAACUAGCAGCUGCCCAAGUUGGGAAAGAGAAGAAGGGUAUCAAGCGAUUCUUUGCCGUGGGAGACGUUGCUGCUGUUGACCAGAUCGAAGAUGCGAUCCGGACCAACAGAAUUGACUCUGGAGACCUCAAACGUCUCAAUCCCUUUGCUGGCGCAGACAAGGACAACUGGCUCAGGGAGGCUGAUGUCAGUUUCCUGAUUGGCAAAGGGCCUGGUGAGGCAGAUGGUACAGAAGCAGUCAGCGAGUCGGAAGGCGAGACCGUCAAGAGGCGGGUGCUCAUAGGUGGAGCUCUGACACUGGCGCUGGGAGCCUUUGCGCUGGUUCCGACUGACAGCCUUCGCAUCUUCAAGCCCACCAAGCCCCUCUUCCUCUACCUCAUACCCCUCGUCAGGAUACAGGCGCUCUUAACAGAUGUGAGGGAAGUUGUGGCAGAUGCGCGCUGGGAUGAGCUGUCCCCGGCUCUGCAGCGUAUUCAGGGCACUCCCAACAACGCUGAACCAAACUUGAGGGAUGCAGCUUACAGCAUCGAGGAUGCCCGGACUAGGGAGAAAGCGGAGGCGUUAGCGAGGGACAUCAUAGAGUGCCUGGACAGCAUAGACUACAACAAGUACUUCGAUGCAAUGGGGCGACCAGGGUCCAGGGGGGGCUCGCAAGAGAAACAAUUCUCGGACUUCUCCAUAAGAGCAGUGGAUGCUUCUCAGGUGAAGCUGAAAGAGUUUCUGGCGCUCAUGCCUCGGGAUGCUGUGGCUGCAGCCAGAGAGCAGGCUACAGUGCCAAUGUAA